AUGUCUGCGAACGAUACCAACGAGGACAGCCGCCCGCUCUACACCAUCAUCCGAAAGACGAAGGGCACAACCGACAGCGAGCGCCGCCUCCGGGAGAGGGCCGACACCAUCUUCAAUUAUGUCAAGAGCACUAGCUUCACUCAAGUAGUUGAAUGGGAGAAUGCGGGAAGUAAACAUCCUAACCCUGCGAUUACCAAGAAGAUGGAUCACAAAGAUUAUAUCGACACGGUUAUCUAUCCCGACCUGGACUGCCGGUUCGAAAUUAGCGGGCCAAACGGCUUUCGAAUCUCAAACUUUCUCCAAGCAUUGCACAAAACUAUCAACAACUUUAUUCGAGAGGCUCGCAAGAACAACGGGUAUCUCCCCGGGAUGCAACCUGAAGUCGACGAGGGCCACACAACGACGCCUGCCUCAACGACUGUUGUUCCUCGUGUCAACCGUCUACCUGCCCGUAUUGCGCGUCCUGCUACGCGCCCGAAAAUGAGUGUUCGCCGCAUAUUCGAGGAAGAUCAAAAGACCGAAAUUGAGAGGCUGACGAAUGCGAAACUCGAGGGACAGGAGCGGGCGCACCGAGAUGGAAAGGACUUGAAAGCACGGGCAGAGGCAGUGACAGAGCUAUGGACUAAUUGCGACAACAAAGAAGAAUAUGAGAAGCGUGCUGCUGAGGAGAAUGCAGUGCGUGAAGCAGAGCUUACGCCCAAGCAACUAAGUCUCAAUCAAUCGGAGUUUGGGCGUGAGCUCUCGACUGUUGUUGCCAGCUACUUUGGCAAGCAUGGCAAGCAGAUUGGUGAUGCCAUUUUGUUUGCGCGUUACGCGUUCGUGGACCCCAAGACUAACCAAAUUGGAUUCAAGAAAAUUACGGUCAACGGCUUCAGCGACGAAAAGUUUGGCGGAACAACAGAGGAGUUCGAAGCUUGGAAGACUUAUGCAAUGCAUACUCUACAACCUGCAGUCUCACCGGCCUUGACUCCACAAAGUUCGCCGCCGCUUCUACCACCCAUGCAAGCAGUACCUCCCCCACCUCCACCUCCCGUUUUACCCCCGCCUCCGCCUGCACCUCCUGUUGUCCCACCGCCUCUUCCUGUGCCUCCCGUUCUCCCCCCCGCCUCCACUUAUCUUCCAUGCUGUGCCGGCCGGGAGCACAAACAACCCUGCACGGGUUGUGCCAAUUGUGGGAACGACACAACCAGUUCCGCCGCUGCCUCCCAUUCAGCCAGAACUCGCCAAUCCUAA